AUGAAAACUGCUGGAGAUUUCUUAGUCGGUGAUUUUUGGAAAGAGAUCAACACUGAUUCUUUAGAAACUGAAACUAGUUUGUUUUGGCCAGAGUAUUUCCAGAUGUCCCCCAAGGGAAUGUGUUAUUGGCUGGCAAUUGAGCAAGAUAAGGAAUUAUUUCCAUUUGACCUAAUUGGGAGUCGAUUCCAAGCGAAUGGGACAUUGAUCAUUUCGUUCGAUACAAGUCGUGAGGUAUUUCACCUUUGUUUGAAGCUUACUGUGUGGAAUGAAUCAGUUGCUUUUCUUGCCCGUGUUGUGAACAGUCCUCAUGACAACAGAUAUCCUGAACCUUAUGAAAUGUGGGUGAUGGAUGAUGACUUUAAGGGUGCCUAUUGA